AUGGCUAUUAGGAUGGGACAGAAUUUGCCUGAAUACAAUCAUAUCCCUUCUGUUCAUUACUUCUACUGUUGUGGUUGCGGAGCUCAUGUUGCAAUCAUCUAUUACAUUCCGGCUCUACGGAUUAUUGCUCAAGUGUAUAUAUCCAGGUUCAGGGUUGAAGUAGCAGAGAACGAGCCACAACAUGGAGUAAUACAUGGCAUGAACUUGACCGUAGCCGUGACUUACUGUGUCCAAUGUGGAAACCUUCUCAUGUGGAAAAUUAUUGCCGUCUCCCAACCGUCUAGUGUUUAUAGAGUAGGAGGAUCCAUCUUGAGAUUGGACGCGGUUAUUAGCUGGAACAAUGUAACGUUGUUUGAUUUUCUCAAUGGAGGCAAUAAUGAACAGACUCCUAAUGAUCAAGAUGGAGGUGCAGAUGAACAACAAGAUGGAAACGCUAAUGAACAAGAUUCAAGCGCUAAUGAGCAAAAUCAAACUGCUGAUCUGGAUGGAAAUGGAGGCAUUAAUGAACAAGUUCCUAAUCAAGAUGUAGCUAUUGUUGAGGGGCUGGGCAAUAUUGAUCUAAAUGCAAACAUUUGA